AGAACUAGUUGUUCAAUUACAUGGCUUUUGCGUGGUUGAGAUUCCUAUUGAUAGUGUUUCUAGUUUCUUUUGUUUUCAGGAUCAGGGAAGGAUCAUUCAAGUGGAGAUACGAACAGUAGGGAUAAUGAUUUAGCGGAGUAUCAAUCUCCUUGCAGGUGUCCUUUUUGCAGCAUACUGGUUGUAUGCAGAAAAGAGGUUAACCUGUUUGUGAUAGACCAAACCAGGAUACAAGUUGUUUACUGCCCAUCCUUCUGGAAUCAAAUAAUGUUUCUUCUGUCAGAUGCUGCACUUGCGCAGCUUAUUGCAGAAGUUGGAACAUUGCCUUUUUUUCCAGAAUGAAUAUGCUUUUGAGAACACAAAACUGUGCUGGGAUUCUUUUGGCACAAGUAAAUACCUAUAAAUGCUACAGGUGUUUGUACAGCUUUGUGGCCAUGCAGCUUAAAGAAGUUCAUGAAGGAGGCUGUGUUCUAGUGUCAGAAAUGACUUACGACUGGAGGUCCAAACCAAAGAAAUUCAGAUACAAGUUCCAGCAGUGUAUUGUUUCUCAGUAUUUCAUUAAGGAUGUUAGAUUGGAAGAUUUCUUCUUCAACAUUAUGUUAGAACUUAAUUUGCAUGAACUUUCUAUCCUGUUAAUGUUAGCCAUAUAUUCUGCGAACUUUCUCCUGAAAACUCCAUAUUUUCUGAUGGAGUUUACUCGUCUAAGUCUAAACUGAAGCCCUUCAUCUGAUAUUCCUUUUGCUGGCUGCAAGGUAUUGAUAAUUUGGUAUGUCCAUGCAGGGUUUGAACCAUUUUCAGAACAAUAGCUGGCGUGGCAGCUUCUUGUGACUAUAAAAUCUCUCUCUCUCUCAACAACUCCCCCCCCCCCGGGGGGUCUAAUACUUGGUGUGACUUUUUGAAGAAUCUCUCUCCACAUUCUCAAUCUUCUUUAUGUAAUGUGAUAUUUGGUGCGAGAUUUUGUAAUUCAACUUUAUACCAAUAUACUUUUGUCCCUUGCGUCUUGUGGACAACUAUUCAGGUUUCUCAAGUGCUACAACCUUGAAAUGUUUUUGUCUUACUGCUGCAGGUGUUCAAGCUGCCACGUUUAUCUCCUAUCAUCCUUUCCAAUUCCAAACCAAGAAAGAAAAAGAGAUUUCAUUAAGCAAAUUUCAUCUGUUCGAUUUAUUGAAGAGUGCCAGCUUUUGUUUGAUCUAUGUUAGGUCGACCUGAUUUGCCCCAUCUGCAGUAUGCCCCAUAAGAGAUUUCCUGAUGAGAUGGAUUUCCUCUGUGGAAUUUUUUCCGUAUCAUUCACUCUUACAUUGUUAUAUUAUGUUUUUCAGCUUCUGACUGUGUCUGGCAAUGAAUAUGUGGUAAGAUGUCUUUUUGGCUGUCAAAUAAUUAACAAACCUGCUCUUUUGUUUCUGCUUUUUGUUUACUCUGUAUUAUUGAUGGUUAAUUGCAAAAGGAAAUUUUCUAUUUCACAAGGUUAAGGAAUUGUCAGUUUGAUAUUUCACUUAAUACAUAUACUUUUUGUUGAGUGGUUCUUGCACACAUUUCAUGUGCUCAUCAUACAAUUAUGUAAUGUAUACACAUCUCAUCCUGCCAUAAAACUGUAGACAAACUAUCCACAGCUUUACUGUGAGAUUGGGUAUGCUCAACCGCAUUGGGUUCAUAAAGUUGGCUUAGCAUUCUAGUGCAUUGUCUGAAUGGGCUUUGAGAUGGGUUCUAAGCUUGUUGUUUGAGCUUGAGAAGCAUUAUGCAAACAAUUAGAAAGUGUUGCUGAAAUAUAACAGAUUCUUUAGCUUAGUGAGAAGGAUAGCCUUAAUCUGGUUUAGACGUCUUAAUCCAUAUGGAGAUAUUUUCUGUAAUAGCUGUUAUUAGUUUAUAUAUGUGUGUGUGUGUGUGGAAAAAAUGUGGUUUACAGCUGUGGGGCUUCGACCGACUCUCAAAUCAUUGUGAUCUACAGCUAACGGACUUUUUCCAGGGUUCUGAAAACUUGUUUGCAUGAUUUUUUUUUGUUUUUGUUUUGGUUUUGAUUUGUUUGUCUUUCCUUUUUCCUUUUCUGGUUAGGUGCAGUUAUCCAAGGAAAAAGGAGCAUUGCCAUGUUCCUUGGAUAACUGCACCUAACCAGGAGGAAUGAUGUCUGACGGAUAUUUCAUGCGAGCUCUUGUUAUUUUCUGGGAUAAACUCACAGGAUGUCAUUUGAUGUUUUUGUCUAAACCGAGCUAAGACAUUAAAUGGCAAGAGGAUCUAUAUUUCGGCUAGCAGCAGCAUUUCUGUACCAUGUUGUGCUACCUACCUGCCGCACCAUUGAACCAAUUCACCCAUUUUCUAAUGCAGUGAUAAGGAGGAUGCAUUUGGUAUGGGGUUUAUAUGUUGUAUUGUGACAAGUAGCAUACUGAGGGAUGAUGCCUUGUAAUUUUUGAAUUCUCGUAGUUGUGAGGCUGUUUAGCUCAAUUUAACAGUUUUUUUUUUUCUGCUCUUAUAUCGUAUUCACCCCUUUUAUGUGUAAUUUGGUGAGUAAUUUUUGUGUUCUUAUAGUUGAGUUUAGUCUGUGGUUGACUAUUACUCC